CAAAAGCCAAUGACUCGUCGCUGGCCGUGCCAUUGGGUCCAUAGGUCCAUCUGGGAUCUCUCCUGCGGUCUGCUUGACUCUCAGCCUCGACCACUGUGGGCCUCUGCCUCCCACCUCAACCGUGUGCCUCGCAAUGGUUGAUUUCCUGUUCCGCCUCCAUGACCCAGAUGCGAAAAACGCGCCUUAGGCCGCGGACAGUUCGAUGCCUCCCGUUCCCCUUCAGCGAAGACCUUUGUCCUACGAAGACCCCUCGCUUACAGAUGAAGAUGUCGGCCUUCUCUACCAAGUCAUCACCCGCGCCGAGCGGGACCCAGAAGUCGAGCGCCUCCCCUACCGAGUGUUGUUCAAUGCCUACGAUGAGGUUAUUGCGGAACAUGGCGUGGACGCAGACCCAGGCUAUGCCUGCAUGCGCUUCUUGCUCAAAAUGGGAAGCAAAGAUGCCAUAGGGACCUCGCUCUUCGAGAAGUUUGAGAACUUGCUAGAACGGAUGGGCAUCGUCAUCGAAUUCGGCGAGGAUGAUGGCUACGAUGAAACAUUUGCGGACAGUGUGCCAUCGAUCGAGAGUAGGCCCAGGCGGAGGGUUCGUGAUACUCGAGAAGACUCGACACAGCCCCAGCCCCAUUUACAGACACCUCUACGGAGACGAGCAUCCUUCAACUCUAUGUACGAUGUCGGUGACGAUCCUACGCAAAGGAGCUUGAUCAAUCGCCCGAGCUCACGAUCGUCCAUGUCGCGACUGGAAGUCGGAAAGCCCGAGUAUCCGUUUUCGAAACCGUCGCCGUCCCCGAAGCGUGCGGUAGUUUCUCAAGAAGCUGACUCGCCUGACAGAACCCAGUUGAUGGCGCAGUUUAUAGAAGUAGGUCGCCGACUUAUGAGUCGUAUGGACCUUCUGGCUGCGCAAUCGAAACCGCCCGACGAAAACCCUCUUCCCAACGGCCUAUAUGCCCGGUCUGCCGUCGACCGCGACCGGUCAGAAAGAAUAGCUGAAAGCGCACGUGCACGGCGUUCGAAAGAUUCGUCUAAUGGCUCGGAUGAAGAGGGAGAACGAUCAUCGGUAUCUUCCGAGGAAGAGGGUAUCAAUCACAUUGAACGACCGGAGAUGCCCCCAGAAAUGCUUUAUCGACCAUCACUUUCGGAUUUGCUGCGGGACGCGUCGACGUUUAAUAUGUACCGUCAACGAGCAAUCAACCGUCGAGUGCUUACUCAGUGGCUCAAGAGGGCUAUCCAAGCCAGGCAGAGCCAUCAUAACAUGGAAAUUGUCGCUGUCAAUCGAGACCGGUAUACCUUGAUUCGCCAAGCCUUUGAAACGUGGCAUACGAUCAUUCAGGAAAGACGCCAGACAGAACGAACGGAAAGAUUUUUCAAACAUCUUGAAGAGCGCGCUGGACGUGCUCGGGAUCUCUUUCUCCUGACCAAGGCUUUCUCUCACUGGGCGCAACUUACAUCAGAAGAGGUCGCCAGGACGUCUGCAGCCCGGCGCCAUCUCCUUGGCGUCAAAUACUUUCACGCAUGGCGAGAGAUCACCGCAGUCAACGAAUUGAAAUCCCAGCGCUUUGCUAUGCGAAGACCUUUCAAUACCUGGCUGAAAAGAACCAAGCAAAUCAAGGAGGACGAGGCAAAAGCUGUUACGAUCAGUAGCGAGAAAUCCAAACACACCUUCUACUGGCAAUGGUUCUGGAGCUUUUGCGAACACCGCGCUCCUCAAUGGCACGACUAUUGCCUAAAGAGACGCUCCCUACUGUAUUGGCUGCGCAAGUUUCGAACAAACAGAGAAACCAUGCAUGAGAUCGAAGUCAGAAAUAAACAGCAUGCGAUGGGUUCAAUAUUGCAAGCAUGGCUCCAAAGAACCCGAGGUGUGGUUGCUACUGAACAACAAGCGGUAUUAACAGAGCGCCGGCAGCUUCUGGAGGAAUCAUUCGGAGAAUGGAAGGCUCAAGCUCAUUUAGCCCCGGUGGCCUCUCGCGUUACCAAAAUGGUCGAUACACACAUCCUUCAAGCGGCUUAUUCGCAAUGGGUACACCGUGCCCAGAUGUUGAAGCAAGCGAGGGAGAUGGACCGACAAAGGGUCUUGCGCAAUUCGUGGACGACGUGGAAUGAUUUGCUUCGCUGCCAGGCGCUUUAUGCAAGAAUUGAGGAACGGCUUAAGUUGGAAGCAAUGUACAAAUGGAUCCUGACAGAAAGAUACCGUCUUAUGCAGCGCAUUAGGGAACAGCGGAUCAAACGCGAGGUCUUCUCCAUUUUCGUGACAAGUGUCCGGGGGACUUAUGCUCAAUUGCUCGAUCGUGCAGAGGUAUUUGAAGAUCAACGGAACGAAGAUCUACUCCGAUCAAAGCUGGAACGCUGGCGGGAUCAGCUAGCAUUGCAACGUGACAGAGAAGUUGUUGCCUCGGAAUUUUAUGCCCCACGCCUGGCGCAGGAAUCGCUCGUGGCGUGGCGUUCGAAGUUUCAGCAUUUGAUAAAGAUAGAGGGUUGGGCUCAGAACGCUAGAUUCUACUUCUUGGCCACAAAGUUCACCAAGAAAUGGCGUGUGGCGACAAUCGAAUCCGCAAGAAAGCGCCGCCAGGAUGCCUAUAUCCAGACCAGGAGGAGGAUCAAGAUCACGCUUGCAUCCAAAGCUUUAUCUCAUUGGCACUCCAAGUCCCAACAUGUCACGGAUAUGGAACAGCAGGCCAUACAGGUCUCGCGACAGAACUCCUUGUCUCUGGUAUCUGAGAUUCUGAUUCGAUGGCAAGAAAAGACGAUAAACCGGAUUCAGGACUGUGAGGAUGCCGAUAAUCACUAUGCACAUCAAAUUGUGAGCGAGCAAUUGACGCGCUGGACUGAGGCCUUUCUUGUGGGUCAACGUCAGGAGGAACAGGCAAACAACAUGAACCGGGUGCAUGUCCUAGCCCAGGCCAAUAUCCAGCUGCGUAAGCUCAGCUUCCGUGUUUUCCAGGUCAAGAGCAGCUCUGAGACCGCGGAUGCCAUGAAAGAGCGGAACCUGAGGAAGCAUUGUCGGGGGAUGUUCCGCAGUUGGUUGGAAAAAGCACGAAUUCGGUCCGAGUCUCGAGAUGCACCGGGGCCUCUAGUCAGUCCGACGAAAAAUUACGACGGAGCGUCUCCAUAUCGAACCGAUACGAACCAACGGAUUUUCGACCCUUGGUACCAGACCACCACGCCUUUCAAACCCAAUGGCUUGGUUGUAGACACCCAACCCAUUUCGACCACCCCGCUGGCAACGCCCAACUACCUCACCUCUCCAUCCAAGCGAGCUGCACGAGCGCAAGCCAUGGCGCAGGCUUCGACCACCCCGGCGACACCCUUAUACACACCAUUUGCCAGUCGACUUUUGCGCGCAGGAGCCAUAUUACCCCGGACCACGUCGGCCAGACGCCGUGCUGGACGAGCGAGCACGCUAGGUACAAGUGUCCGGUUUGUGGAUGAAGAACCACCCGAGUCGCCGACAGAUGGUCGGAAAUCGGCCAGCCGACGACCGUGAUGGUUGUAUAUGAUUUGGCAUGUACAUUUGGUUUCUUUUGUUUUCUUUUGUUUUUGGAUGGGCAAUUUUGGCCGAAGGACUUGAUACCCUUUUGCAUCGUAGGACAUUGUGUAGAUUACUUUCUGUUGAUUGGAUAUACACUCCGCGUCGGUUGUUUGGGACCGCCAGGACGGUUUAAUGACGAAUCACAUGGUAUAUCAUUGGAAUCAAACUUAUGAUCAUGUCUU